AACGAUUUCAUCUACCGGAAGUCCAGGAAAGGAUUGCAAAUAAGCACUAGAAAUUCGUUUAAUUACUACCCGCUUAAGCAUUGUUAUAAGUUCAAAGAAAACUAUUAUCGAACAUAAAGUUGUCGUCUAUGCAAGCGUUUUAAAUAAAAUGCUUGACGGAAUCUAAAAAAGAGAGCUUAAGAAAAAUCAGUUAUGCCCCGUUAUCAGUCGUCUCAGUUCUACACCGUUCAAAUAGGAGAUUCAACAUUUACCAUAUUGAAAAGGUAUCAAAAUUUAAAGACUAUUGGUUCGGGAGCUCAAGGAAUAGUUUGUGCCGCAUAUGAUUCAGAAUCCCUGCGAAAUGUCGCUAUUAAAAAGUUAAGUAGGCCAUUUCAGAAUGUUACCCACGCUAAACGAGCUUAUAGGGAAUUCGUUCUAAUGCAGUUGGUUAAUCAUAAGAAUAUUAUUGGAUUGCUGAACGCUUUUACACCCCAGAGAAGCCUUGAAGAAUUCCAGGAUGUCUAUCUGGUAAUGGAAUUAAUGGAUGCCAACCUCUGCCAAGUUAUCCAAAUGGAUCUCGAUCAUGAGCGAAUGUCAUAUCUUUUAUACCAGAUGCUUUGUGGAAUUAAACACCUUCAUGAUGCUGGCAUUAUACAUCGCGAUCUCAAACCUUCAAAUAUCGUUGUUAAAGCCGACUGUACAUUAAAAAUUCUCGAUUUUGGUCUUGCGAGAACGGCCGCUACCUCGACAUUUAUGAUGACACCCUAUGUUGUAACAAGGUACUACAGGGCUCCAGAGGUGAUACUCGGUAUGGGAUAUGCCGAAAAUGUAGAUAUUUGGAGUGUUGGUUGUAUAAUGGGUGAAAUGAUUAGAGGUGGAGUUAUGUUUCCCGGUUCUGAUCACAUCGAUCAAUGGAAUAAGAUAAUUGAACAAUUGGGCACCCCAAGCCGAUCUUUCAUAAGCCGCUUGCAAGAGACAGUACGAAAUUAUGUUGAAAACCGCCCUGUCCAUAGAGGAUAUUCUUUUGAACGUCUAUUCCCGGAUGUUCUUUUUCCGCAAGAUUCCAGCGAACACGCCGGAUUAAAGGCUGCUAAUGCGAGGGAUCUUUUACAAAAGAUGUUGGUUAUUGAUCCACUGAGGAGGAUAUCAGUUAAAGACGCACUCAAGCAUCCAUAUAUCAACGUUUGGUAUGAUGAAAGUGAAGUGAAUGCUCCUCCACCUCCCAAGUACGAUCACGCUGACGAAUGUGAGAAAACCGUAGAGGAAUGGAAGGCAUGUAUCUAUCAUAAGGUGGAGGAGUAUGAAACUCUGUCUGCCGGAUCAUCUGCUGGGGCUGGUGUUUAG